CAGCAUUAUGGUAAUAUGGUAAUACUAAAACUGUUUACAACGUUCAUGUCUUAUGUUACAGAAAGGUGCUUCCACGAUAACAAACAAGAGGAACAAUUACAAGGUUACCUAAAUUGUUCAGCAUGUUUAACGGUAAGCGGGCCUUGGUAACUGGCGGAAGUAGAGGAAUCGGUCGAGACAUUGUACGCAAACUCAGUAAAGAAGGCGCCAAAGUCAUCACCCUUGCGAGGGACCCAACCAAUCUAGCGAAACUUAAAGCCGAGUUACCGAACGUGCAGACAAUCCAGGUGGACUUAUCCGACUGGGACGCCACCAGGAGUGCCCUGACGGGGCUGGAACCUGUCGACUUUCUAGUUAACAACGCUGCUAGUGGUGGAUUUGCUACAGUCGAGUCGGUCUCCAAGGAACUCCUUAGUAACCAGUUUGACGUUAACGUAAAAAGUGUAGUGAACGUGACCCAGGCAAUGCUCGAGGGCAUGAAGUCAAGAGGUAAAGGGGCGGCGAUCGUGAACGUUUCAAGUCUAGCCAGUCAACGUGUCUUCCCUAUGAUUGCCGCAUACGGGAGCACUAAGGCUGCUCUCGAUUUCCUUAGCAAUUGUAUGGCAAUGGAGUUUGGUCCUUACAACAUCCGGGUUAAUUCAGUUAACCCAGGUAUCGUCUACACCGAUAUGGGUGAUGCCUGGGACCCAAACGCUGCAAAGAAACUUCUGGAAAUGGUUCCCGAAGGAAAAUGGCCAACAUCGGAAGAAGUAGCGGAUGCAGUUGUUUUUCUCUUGAGUGAAAAGGCCGUGAAUAUCAAUGGAACGUGUCUACGUCUAGACGGCGGAUUAGCACACGCUGGCUUUGGUGUACCAUUUGAAGGACUAUAAAAGAGACUGGUUUUAAAUGAUCCGUUUAAAGAAUAUGUGCUAAAAUAAAGAGAUCACAUCAACCUUAUCUAAUAGAAAUUAGCCGGGAAUGUAAUGGACUUUAGUAUCUAAUUGGCAGGUUGAAAAGGCAUGCACGAAUAUUUGUAUUGCUGCUAUUCAUUCGAUUUUUAAUUAUUUAAACGGAUCAAAAGAGUACAAAUGAAUAUGUCAAUAGAAAUAAAAAAGAAUGAAUACUGAUUUUUAUAGUGACAUCGUAUCUUUGGACAGAAAAAGCGAUAUUCCUGAAGUAGCUUUGAAUCUAUAAAAAUGGCUACUCUCUAUUUAGUAUUAUUGAAGUUAGGGAACAUGAAUGUUGUGUCACCCCUGUCUACAGCUGUUGGUGUUUACAGAGUAGAAUUAAGACUAACACGGGUACAAGCUAUGUAAAUUCUGGUCGCCGUAGGGUGAACUGGUCGUUGGCGGCCUUGGUCGUCAUACCGUAAACCAGUCGUCGGAGGCCUUGGUCGUCGGCCGUGGCCAGCCAUCGGUAUCGCUCUCUACAUUUGCGGAAGGAUAAUUUAUUUUUAGAAGACAUGGUGGUCUAGUGGUAGGACGAAAGCCUACGUUACCGAAGAGUCUCUAGGGUCCCGGUACGGGCGCUGUGUUGUAUCCUUGAAUAAGAUGGUUUCUCCUCUGCGUUCCAGUAGAUUUCAGCUGUAAACGAGUACGUGGUCAGAAAGGGCAAGUUAUGUCGUGUGUAAGCUGCCAAACUGGCAGCUCCGGCUGUAUACUCCCCAGACAGUUGAGAAAGACAUUGGCUGGUCGCUAAAGGCCCAAUACUAAUAUGUGGACCUGUUUGAGAUGGCUAAUUAGAUGAUUUGUGUCGGCUAUGUAGCUGUUAUAUAGCGGGAUCGCGUGGACUUCUGAAUGAUGCUUUAGUGGAUAGUUAUCUAAAAUAAUAAUUAUAAUAAACCUAUCAAGCUUAAACUUCCGAAAAAAAGUAAAAGCUAAUGUUGUCAUCAUAAAUGGAGAUUUCAUGCUACAGUCCCACUAGAAAAAGAGAAUUUAUACUUCAGUCUCACCAGAAAUAGAGAUCGUAUGCUACAGUCCCAACAGAAAUAGAGAACUUUGAUUUAAACCAGGACCAUUUAACAGACAAUCCUUUAUGUAAUUGUUCAGAUGACCAUGAAACAGUUUCUCAUUUUUUUCUAGAUUGUCCUCUACAUAAUGACUUGCGGAUAAAUUUGUUUACUUCCCUCAAUAAUUUUAAUAUUGACCAUAACCAUAUUUGUAUUAACAUUAUUUUAAAUGGAUGUCCUAGUUGUGAUGGAAAUAUUAACAGAGUAAUACUUAAUGAUGUCCAAAAUUUUAUAGGAAAAUCUCAUCGUUUUAACUUAUAUAAGAUCUAGAAAGCCAUCAUACUGUUCAUCUUGAAAAAUACUACUUCUUAAUGAAAUUAAUAAUUUUUAAUGUAAGUUAAAUAUCAUAUAUAUAUAUAUAUAUAUAUGAACCCAGUUGAACAUAGCUGAUAUUUAUUUAUGUAUUAAAAUAUACUUGCAUUGAGUUUAGUUCCUGUUUUCUAUAUAUUAAAUCAGUGUAUGAAUAAAGUCAUUAACUACAGUAUUAUUAAAAUUACAUAAAUUAUAUGCAUAGAAAAUUCCUAUACAGCUCAGGUGGUGAUGACCUGUGCAAUAUAGGCACAUGGACUUUUGGUCUAGCCACCUGUUACUGUCUCUAUAUUAAUUAACUUUGAUGUCUACAAUUGUUUAUUUAUUUCCUUCGGAACUGAAUCACUGUUAUAUUUGUUUAUAUUGAUAUUAAAGUGUGUAUGUGUGUGUGCAAGUGCUUUAUGUAACAUAUUCUGUGUUUAUCUUGUGUUGAAAAAUAGUUACUUCCCUUAA